AUGUCCCAUCUUACUGCCCCGGUUUGGCGCCUCGUACCAUUUACUCGACCGCCUUGCCACCGAAUGUUUCGUCGUCUCGCCCACCAGACGGCUGAUCACCAAGCAAUUGAAGAGCAGCUGCUGCCUCGUUACCACCAGAGGCAAUACUACCCGGUCAAGAUUGGAGACACCCUCAAGGAUCAGUAUAGGGUCAUCGCGAAGUUAGGUUAUGGGGCAUACUCAACGGUGUGGCUUGCGUGGGACGAGAAGGCGAGCCGGUACGCCUCGCUCAAGGUCUGCGUACAAGAUGACGGGGAACCCAACUCCCCCAUACUCAAUGAAAUUUCCAUGCUCCAGCGCUUAAAGAAAUGUGCUGCUGCUGAAGAUCACCCCGGACUGCUCUUUACACGUCUUGCAGAUGAUAUCUUUGAAAUUAACGGGCCGUCCGGUCGCCAUUAUUGCGUUGCCUCAAAACCUCAAGCAGGCAGUGUGCGCGUCUUGCAGGAAACGUUUCCCGAGGCCAAGGUACCGAAGCUGCUUGUGAGGUCUUUGAUACACCGCUUAUUCUUUUCCGUGAACUGGCUGCAUGGAAAUUGCAACACAAUACAUACUGAUAUCUCACCACAGAAUGUUUUGUCGGAAAUAGAGGACAACACACCUCUUAGAGACAUUGAAGAGCAAGAGUCCCAGGAUCCCAGUAUUCCAAUUAUUCCCAGUAAUGGGGCGGCCCCUGUCUACCGGUCUCGAUCUACAGCCCCAGAACUUGGUGGUAUUCCUAUUCUCACUGAUUUCAGCCAAAUGCGACUGGCACAAGAAGGCGGGAAUAAGGAGUGGUGCAUGCCGGAUAUAUAUAGGGCUCCGGAGGUUCUAUUAAAACUCCCAUUUAACUACCCAGUUGAUAUGUGGUCAAUUGGGGUCAUGAGCCCCGACUUCUUGACCUAUUUCAACAAAAAUGGCCAAUUUAAAUUCGAAGCAGAAAUCCCCAAGACCUCUCUUGAAGGUUUUAUCACCACAAUCCCGCGAGGAGAAGAAAAAGAGCAGUUCCUCAGCUUUAUUCGAAAACUUUUGACUUGGGAUCCGGAAGCCAGGGCGACCUCCUCAGAAAUUAUUUUGGAUGAGUGGCUAAUGAGGCCUAACGAGACCAUGGUAUAG